UUUGUUAUUUUCUCGAAAAGGUGGCAGAAAAUAGAUUUUCUUAAAUUAUUUACAACCUCGCAUAAAUCCGUUAAUUGAAUUUACUAUAUUUGAAAACCUUCAGAUUGUAUUUUGGUCGUUAUGUUUUCCUCGAGACUUUCACCGGAAAAGCGUAAGCAUGACGAAUACUACGAUCCGGAUUAUGUGCGUGUGGAUUCAAGUCCAAGUAAAAAAAUGCGUGUUGAUGACAAUUCUAUAAAAAAUGAAAUAUUCACAUAUGCAAGUCCCAGGAUAAAAAAUAUUUCUGAUAUAGUUUCACGCGAGUUCCAGAACGAAAUUACAGUAAAACAGCAACAAUUAGCGGAGAUUGAAAAGCGAUUGGAUUAUGCUCGAAAUAUGUUGGAUCGCUUACGAUUUGUAAUUGUGACUGAAUAUUAUCGUAAGCAAGAGUUGUCAAUAGCAGAUGGUGAUAUCAAAGCAGUUCGUGGUAAAACAACACUUUUUGAAGAGGAGUUACACGGACCCUACAUGCCACUGCAUCCGUCCGUCAAAAAUGUUGUUGGGAAAAGGCUUGCUAACGUGUCUGAAGUCGUAGGUCGGCCGCUUCCUGAACGUCUUGCUGCCCAAAACGCCAUGCACACUAUUCGUGCUCGAUCUCAAACACAGAAACGCCAAGAAAGGCGGCUGCAUCAACUAAUAAGAGACCAUGGUUUGGUGAUUGAUCAUUCGAAAGAAGGGGAAGGACAAUUGUUAGAAGCGGCUGCUGUACUUAGUCAAACAAAGAAAGAGUGUAGCAAUUUAAUAGUUACCCAAGAAAAUCGCCUUUGCCCGGAUUCAACCACCCCGCCCAACAACAGAUUGAUUAAAAAGUCGACAAAAGCACUUAAUGCAUUGAAUGCAGCGCGUCUAAAUAAUAAAACAAAACAACUAAUUGUUAUAGGUAACACUUCAACAUAUAUUGGCGCAGGAAGUGGUGCUGAAACAGAGCAAAAAACACCCGGAGGGAAUGUUCUAACUCAUAAAUGGCUUGUUUAUGUACAGUCAAAAGAUUCAACCAUCUCUCUAGAAUCUUUUAUCAAAAAGGUGCGUUUCUAUCUGCAUCCUUCGUUUCGUCCAAAUGACAUAGUGGAUAUUCGGGCACCACCUUUUCAAAUAGCUCGCAGAGGCUGGGGUGAGUUUCCAAUGAGAAUACAACUUUUCUUUCAUGACCACCUGCAACAAAAACCUGUUCAACUUAUUCAUAAUUUGGUGUUGGAUCGUACAUUAAGUGGUAUGCACACCCUUGGUGCCGAAACGUUGAUGGAAAUUUGGCUUCGUACUGAUGCCGUCAUAAAACAAGAGCAAAUCACGCCUUGUAUCGAAGAGAAUAUUGAAGACAAUGAGGAAUAUAUGUCAAAAGAAAAAAUUGCGCCACCCAUUUCUGUUUCGCAAAGUAUUAUUGACCCCACUGCAAUAUCCCAUGUAAAUACGACAACAAAACAUCGUACAAUAUCUUUUAGUCCGAUAAAAGAAGAAUUAGAUGAUAAUAUCUUUGGUUCUCCAAGUAAAAACGCUGAGGUUCAAACGGUAGCAGAGACGGUUGCAAAUAUUUUAAGCAGCAGUCUAACAAAAAUAAUCGACAAAAGUCCCCAACGACGGAACAGUUCCAAUAGUCAUAAUAUUGAAACACCUAACUUGUCUCCUACUAAAAACUCGAGGUACCAAAUCGAUGGGUCUGCCUGCUCUGCAAACAACGGUAAUAUGGUUGGCGAUCAGGCAAUUCAAAAAGAAAGUAUUACGGAAAGCCGAUCUGUUGUUCCAACGUUUUGUAGUAAAAAUGGCACUGAAGGACAACUAUCUAAACUUUGUGAGACAAAACCAAAUGCUCAAGGAGUCAAAGAAGUGGGUACGGCGGUUAAAAGUAAUAAAUCCAUGCAGCUCACAACACCCAUGAUAAUGAAGCUAUCAACUUCAAAUCUCGUCAGUUCGCACAAUGUCACAAACAACAAUAAAAAUAAAAACAACAUUAUAGCACUAAGUCAAGUAGGAAGGUUAAUGCCUUUAAAAAUAAUCGCACCUAGUGCAAAUAAUUCGCCAAUAAAUGUGACUGUAAAUAAAACUGGUGUGUUGCAAACGAAACUUGUUCAACUUGUAGACGCUGAGGGCAAAGUAAAAUUCAUGCGCGUGUUAAUGGCUGCCUCGCAAAAGCCCUCCAAUUUAAAUAGUGAUGCUAAAGUGGAAGUUGGAAGUACAAAAACUCAAGCAGUUGUCUCGGUUCAGAAUGCGAUAUCUUUGCCACCAUCACAUGUGGAAAUACCAACGGUUACUAAAUCUACUAACACCUCGGAGAAGGAUGCUUCUAAGCAAAUUGUUGCAACCAGGGCCGUUAUUCCAGCCCAGUUAUCUUCAACGAAGAAAAAUGACAGUCGAUUUCAAUUUUCAAAUAGCAAAUCAAAUGUCAAAAGUAAUACCAAUACCGUUUGCUCUCCGAAACAAAUGGUUUUUCAGAAAGAAGGCAAACUAUUCAUUAUUGAUCCGUUGCAAAUGAAACUGAAGCAAGAACAACGGAAACAAGUAUCACUCUUAAAGCCUCAAGCUAACUUGCAGAGGCAACAUCAGCAACAGGUGCAAAACCAAAAAAUACAAUCGAAAGCAUUUCGAGGUGUGAUAUCGGACCACGAUUAUAUACCCUCGCUUAAUACUAGAGACAGUAAAGCAUUAACAACUCAAGGAAUUGGCUUGGAAUCCAUUAAGUCGUUAAAUCCUCAGUCGCAAUGUCAGGCACCAGAACUACAUUUCGGUAUACGAAAAACGCGAGCCAAAGCAAGUAAUGCUCUCGAGCUAUUACAACAGCGGCGAAUUACAUUCGAAAAAGACUUUUUAGAUCAAAAUAUUCAGAGCGUGCGCUCCGCUGUGGAUUACUUAUUGCAUCGCUUGCCAUUGAUUUCUCCCGCAAACACUUUGGCUGCAUCAUUUUCUUUUGUGAGCCACAAUUUUAAGGAAUUUGAUGCCUUGCCUGUUAUGAAACAGCGUGCCUGUGAAUGGCUGCGUGCAAAAUAUAUUACACGGCUUGUACGUAACCACAAACACUGUCAAGAACUUAAUUCCAUUAGCAAAGAGCGACCUUGGAGUACGCGUGAGGUUCUAGUGUAUGCUCGACAUCAUGCAUUCACUCCCAUAUUGAAGUCAUUUGAAAUAGGGCCUAGCUCACUGCAACCUCAGCCACCGCAUGUGCCAGUAGAGACAAAUUCUUUACUAGGAUCGCAACCCGUUCGACCUACUAAAUCAAAACUAGGCAAUAAGCCUCAGCAGGGACAAGAAUUCUCGCAAUAUGUUAAAGACGAAGUGAAAUUCGAGCAGGAUUAUUUCCAAUAUGAAUCAAUAAGUCUUAAAUAUCGUAUUACAUCGUGGUUAAAUGGGGUAUGGCAAAAAUUAAUGAAUCAUGAAGCAGAAGGAGAAUCUUCAGAAGAAUCAGUCGACAUCAUCAGCACACCACCUAAGGAAGGUGUGAAGAUUAAUAUCGCGAACUCAAAAAUUAACUAUGCCAACAGCUGUGAAGAAAAACUGCAGCUUUUUCUACCGAUUCCUGAGCAUCUGGAAGAGUCUUCGCAACUCGUAAGUGACAUUUGUCGUGAUUUAAAUAUAAAAUUGCAACCGGAGCAAAUUGAGCAGAAUGUGAUAUUCCCUUCAGCGCAAGCAGUAAUGGCAAAAUGCUUAAAUGUGUUCGUUGAGAAGUUAAUACGGCGCGCAGUCGCACUAAAACAAAACUUCCCAAUCGCAGAUAAUGUAAAUAUAACCACUCAGGAUAUUGGCAAAGUUUUGGUUCGGAAUACGGAGUUUGAUUUCCUAACAAAUAAAAAUUUUGGAACAUUUAACUACGACAGUUAAUAAAAUGAAAAUUACAUUAAAGAUAUAAUUUUAUUUUAAGAUGUUUUAUUUACAUAUAUAAGAAGAAUCUUACAAUUUGUAUUUUAGCCACAAAAAUUCGUAUUU